AUGUCAAUAUACAAACUUUUCUAUUUUAAUCUUCGUGCUCGUGCUGAAAUUUCUCGUUUAAUAUUUGCUGCUGCUGGUCAAAAAUUUCAAGAUGUUCGUUAUGAACGAAAUGAAUGGUUAUCACAUAAGAAUGAAAUGCCUUUAGGUCAAGUGCCUGUUCUUGAAUUUAAUGGAACGAAAUUACCACAAUCAUUAUCAAUUGCUCGAUUUCUUGCUAAACAAUUUCAAUUAGCUGGUAGAGAUAAUUUUGAACAAGCAAAAGUCGAUGCUGUGAUUGAUACAAUUAAUGAUGCAAUGAUGAUAUUUAUGCCAAUUCGUCGACAAGAAGAUGAAAUGAAGAAGAAAGAACUUAUGAAAAAAUUCUUUGCUGAUCAAUUACCUAAACAUUUAAAAAAUCUUGAAACUUUAGGUAAAUUAUAUGGUGAUGGUGGUCCAUUUUUUGUUGGUAAUCAUUUAACAUGGGCAGAUUUAUAUUUCUAUGAUAUAUUAGAAACUCUUCUUUAUGCAAAUGAAAAUUGUUUGAACAAUUAUGCAUGGUUAAAACAAAAUCGUGUUGAAGUUGAAAAACAACCAAAAGUUGCAGAAUACCUCAAGAAUCGACCAAAAUCAACAAUGUAA